AUGUUCCUUGCUGAUCGAGAUAGUGUCCAUGAUAAACUUGGAGCUCAGAACUCACUAGACUCCGCUCUUGGCGACAUAUUUGCUUCUUGGAAGGAUAUCGAGUCCAAAUAUCUAAAGACCAUCUUUUCCGGCGAUGAUUCAUCACUGGGCGACCUUACAUUCCUCAUUGAAGACGGCAAAAUGAACUUUAUCCCAAAUACACUAGACUCAGCUGGAAUGGCAGCAGAGUUACAAGCCGUGCUCUACGGUCAACUGAUGCCUACUGCGUGGAAGACCGCUUCCGAUAACGUCGGUGCUUUCCCAAGAAUUGUGACGACGGAUAUCUCCUGUGACAUCAAGUCCUCUAAGAUACCUGAGAUCAGCGACUACAGUACCAUGACUGAAGUGGACUCUGUCAGCACACGCGCGUGCUGGAGGAAUAAGCUGGUUUUCCUUGUGAAUAUCAAUGAGUAUAAAGGAGGAAAGGCGGCCCCCUGGACACCACUACCUGGUACGGAUAGAAACAACCUCUCUGGAGACAAAUGGGGAGGCAUCACACUUGAUGACAUUGUUGCAAGUGCAAUGACCGGAUAUGAGAACGCUGGCAACAUCAACGGCUAUAAAUCGCCGGAUACAUCUGAUAUUGAGAAGGAUGAGAAUGCCUCUCAAUACGGGAAACGAGUCCGCUAUCCUGGUUUCUUCAAUAUCCCUGUAUGCGAGGGCCUGGAUAAGACCAGAUUGGCUCUCAGGAAGGAGUUCACCUCGACCUCUCCAUUCUGGCCUUGUGACGUGCCCGAGGGCUUCAACGUCAAAGGAACUACCAUUCAUGUGAAUAAGGGAUGGAUCACCGCUAAUCAAAAUACGGCUGUCUGCGAUACGUUCAGACAUGGUGAUACGCUCAGUGCAACUUUGUAUGGACAAUUUGAUGGAGAAAACACCUCUGAGCCUACUGUCAAGGCGACGUGCAAGAUUACUUUCUCCUGGCCAAAGUCGUGGGCUGAUAUCUAUUAUGGAGAGGACAAUUGCAUGUACAACGGCAAUUCCGAAGCAAUCAAGGAUUCCGAUGGCAACCCCGUGUGUUGCAAGGAGGACCAAACCCUCACUGAUCAGGUCACUAACCCAUACCUGCUCGGAGGCGCGUGUAAGUCGAAUUGA